CGUUGUUGUCGUCGUUACCUUUACGUUUUUAUCGAUGGCUACGGCGACGAUUCUUUCCUUGAAACCGCCGGCGAGCUUCUUCCACGGUGGAAACCGACGCGACGGAGGAAGGGGAAUCACCGUCGCAAGAGUUUCUCGAGGCGAACGGUUUCAUGAGAGGAUCGUUGGUCUCUCCGCUUCGACUGUGUUGUUCCUCGGUUUAAGCAGCCUUCGCGUCUGUUCUCCGGCCUCCGCUCGAUUACUACCUCCGCCGAUUGUUGUUACAGAGAAUGAAAUCAAUACAGAAACUGUAGCUGGUGAAGAGAAUCUAAUUGAAGUGGAAGAUGAAAAGUUGGAAGCAGAUUUCGAAGCUUAUAAGUCUAAAGUGUAUUCUCUGACCGUGCCGCUAAAACUCGUUGCCUUGCGUGGCUCAGUGCCACCAUCAUGGAUCAAGGAGUUUAUGAGCUCACAAGGGAAGAGAGUGAGGUUAAAGACUCGGUUUCGAGCAAAUCUUGAAGAGAUUUUCUUUGAUUUAUCGAAGCCUACUAGGAAAGGACAAAAGGGUUCCGCUUCAACUGCCGCAGCUGACAUGAUCAGCAUUGGUGAUUCUUGGCUUUGUCAUGCUAUUAGGGAGAAGCUGAUUGAGCCAAUGAAAGGUAUAGAAGAUCAAGACUGGUAUAAAGGCUUGAGUGAGAAAUGGAAGAUUUAUCUCUGCAGGAACUAUGCGGGAGAAAAAGCUCCUGACGGUGAAACGUGGGCUGUGCCGUACCGCUGGGGCACCAUGGUAAUAGCAUACAAAAAGAGCAAAUUUCAGAAUUAUAAAUUGGCUCCGAUAGAGGACUGGGCUGAUCUGUGGCGACCCGAGCUUGCAGGGAGGAUCGCAAUGGUGAAUUCUCCUAGAGAGGUUGUUGGUGCUGUUCUCAAAUACAUGGGAGCAUCAUACAACACGACAGACCUGGAUUCACAAGUUCCUGGGGGAAGAAUUGCCGUGGAGAAAAAUCUAGCAUCACUCAUGAAACAGAUUAGACUGUUUGACAGUAACAACUAUUUAAAAGCUUUCAAUGUUGGAGAUGUUUGGGUCACUGUUGGGUGGAGCAGUGAUGUUAUCCCUGUUGCAAAACGUAUGUCUAAUGUUACAGUGAUUGUUCCCAAAUCCGGUGCCACCUUAUGGGCUGAUCUAUGGGCAAUCCCAGCUGUCUCUGACUCUGGUAAAGAAGCGGAACAGAUAGGAGGAAGAGUCCGAGGCCCAUCUCCAUUAAUCAACCAGUGGAUAGAAUUCUGCUUGCAACCCGCAAGAUCAUUACCCUUCACACGGGAAGUGAUUCCUGGUGCAUCUCCUUCAGCACUUGAUGGUCCUCUGGUUAGAGAACCCGAAAAAACAAAGAAAGACAGAACAAAACUGGACACAAACCUGGUCACAGGUGUUCCUCUUCCAGAGAUCUUGUCUAAGUGUGAGUUCUUGGAACCUUUACCAGAGGCUACGCUAUUGGAAUACCGGCUUCUGAUUGAAACUGUUAGAAAGCAAAGCCAAAGACAUGGCCUUGUGAAGAAAAUACAGGACAUUGUUUCAAUUAAGGUUCGAGGAUUUAGGACAAAGCUUGACUCCGGGUCGAAGAACAUUUGAGAGACUGACAAAAAGUGGAAAUAAAAUCAUUUGUAUGGUUAAUUACUUAGAGCAACUUCACGUUGGAAAACGAGGUGCAAGUUUAACAAUGGGAUUUUUCUAUCUCCUUGUAACAAAGUAUUAUGUCAUGAAGAGCUAGAGGCUGAUCAAAUUUGCUCA